AUGAGCACCGGCAAAAGGAUCCUCCGCGUAGGAAUAAUUGGAUGUGGCGAAAUCACCCAAGUUGCCCACAUUCCAACUCUCGGGUUCCUCUCAGAUUACUUCCAAGUUACCUACCUAUGUGAUGUCUCCGACAAUGCGCUCGAGCACUGUGCCAAGAAGGUCAUUGGAUGUAUCCCCAAGACGACUCGCAAGGCAGAGGAGCUCUGCGCCUCCCCGGACGUGGACAUUGUGAUGAUUGCCAACAGCGACGCCUUCCACGUUCCCCACGCCGUACUAGGCCUGAAACAUGGCAAAGUCGUCUUCAUCGAGAAGCCCGUGGCCCUCUCUCUGCAAGACGCGGACCAGCUCAUCGAGCUCGAGAAGCAAACUUCCGGAAAGGUCAUGGUGGGAUAUAUGCGGCGGUAUGCGAGUGGCUUCAUUGAUGCCGUCAAGGAGAUAGGAAGCUUUGAUCAAGUGUGCUAUGCGCGGGUGCGAGAUAUUGUCGGCCCGAACUCGGAUUUCGUUGGUCAGUCUGGUACGUUUCCUAAGGUUUUCUCUGAUUACAGAUCAGAGGACGUGAAGGAAUUGUCGACCAGGACGGACGAGUUCCUUGAACAGGCUUUGACGGCGGAAUUGGGGAUUCCAGUUACGCCUGAUACUGCUGCUCAGUGGAGGCACUUGGGAAGUCUUGGCUCGCAUGAUCUUAGUGCAAUGAGAGAGGCUCUUGGUAUGCCGACUGCUGUGCUUGGUGCUUCUCUAUGCUCUGCGAAGGGACCCCCAUUCUGGAGUGCCCUCUUCCAAUAUCCCUCUUUUGCUGUGUCUUAUGAGUCCGGAAUUGAUGAUAUCCCCCGUUUCGAUGCGUCGAUUGAGGUCUUUGGUGGACAUAAGACUGUCAAGGUUUGCUUUGAUUCGCCUUACGUCAAAGGGUUGCCUACCACUAUGCACAUUCGCGAGAAGUUGGAAGAUGGCUCAUUUCGUGAGUCUGUGGUUCGGAAGACGUACGAAGAUGCUUAUACAUUGGAAAUGAAGGAGCUUUAUGCAUUUGUUGUUGAUGGUAAGCCCGCUAAAACCACUUCGAAGGAUGCUAGGAAAGAUCUGGAGAUCUUCGGUAUGAUUAUGAAGGCAGGUCUGGAAGGACAAGCUAGACUUAAUGGUAUUGUUCAUAACUAG